AUGUCUUCCUCAACAACCACCUUCCCCCUCCCAUCCUCCGACCUCGUCAUCCUUCUCCUCGGCGCAGGCGGGCGGGAACACGCCCUCGCAUGGAAGCUCGCCCAAUCACCACGGGUCGCCAAGGUGCUCGUGGCGCCCGGGAAUGGAGGGACGGAAUUGAUGGGUGGGAAAGUGGAGAAUGUGGUGGUUGGUUAUGGAGGGAGUAAAGGGUUUGGAGAGGUGGUGCAGCUGGCAAAGGAGAGCGGGGUGGCGUUGAUUGUGCCGGGGCCGGAGUUGCCGUUGGUUGAGGGGUGUGAGGAGGUGUUUAGGAAGGCUGGCAUACCCGUCUUUGGCCCGUCCCCCGCCGCGGCCCUUCUCGAAGGCUCCAAAACCCUCUCCAAAGCCUUCAUGGCGCGCCACUCCAUCCCCACCGCCGCCUUCCGCUCCUUCACCUCAUCCGAAUACCCUGCCGCUUCCGCCUACAUCCAGUCCAACCCCUUCUCGUCCGGCCGGUGCGUCAUCAAAGCGUCCGGUCUCGCCGCGGGCAAGGGUGUUCUCAUCCCCGAAUCGACCGAAGAAGCUCUGAAGGCCUUGCAGAGCGUCAUGGUUGACAAAGAAUUCGGAGACGCAGGAGACGAGGUUGUCGUGGAGGAGUAUCUGUCCGGGCCCGAGAUUUCGGUACUGGCGUUCUCGGAUGGGUAUACGAUUGUGCCGAUGCCGGCGGCGCAGGAUCAUAAGCGGAUAGGCGAUGGGGAUGUGGGGCCGAACACGGGCGGAAUGGGCGCGUACGCACCGGCGCCGAUAGCGACGCAGGAGGUCAUGGAGCGGUGUGUCAAGGAGGCACUCGAGCCGACUCUGAAGGGGAUGAGGCAGGAUGGCCACCCCUUUGUCGGCAUGCUCUUCACCGGCUUCAUGCUCACUGCCGAUGGACCCAAAGUGCUCGAGUACAAUGUCCGCUUCGGAGACCCAGAGACGCAAGCGCUCAUGAUGCUCUUGGACGACGAGACGGAUUUGGCGGAGGUCAUGCUGGCCUGUGUCGAGCGUCGCUUGGACUCGGUCAAGCUGGGCUAUCGCCAAGGAUACGCCGUGUCGGUCGUGCUUGCCUCGGAAGGCUACCCCGGAAAGUACCCCAAGGGUGUGCCCAUGCAGAUCAACCCUGAUCUUCCGCAAGGGGUCGAGGUCUUCCAUGCUGGAACCGCCAUCAAAUCUUCCCAAGGCGUAACUGACGGCGGCCGUGUCCUUGCUGUCUGCGCCUUCGCUCCUACCCUCCGUCAAGCGGUCGACCAGGCCUAUGCCGGCGUCGAUCUCGUCGACUUUAGCGGCAAGACCUACCGUCGGGAUAUCGCCUACCGCGCCCUCUCCUCAGAUACUUCCUCCUCCCCCGCACCCCCCGUCUCCCUCACCUACGCCGCAGCCGGCGUAUCCGUCGACGCCGGUAACGACCUCGUGGACCUCAUCAAGCCCGUCGUCAAGGCUACCCGUCGCCCAGGGGCCGACUCGGUCAUUGGCGGGUUUGGCGGGGCGUUCGACCUGUCCGCCGCCGGCUACGCCGACCCGAUCCUCGUCUCUGGCACGGACGGGGUGGGAACCAAGCUCCGCGUGGCGCUGCAGCACGGCAAGCACGACACGGUCGGUAUCGACCUCGUCGCCAUGUCUGUCAAUGACCUCAUCGUGCAAGGCGCGGAACCCCUCUACUUUCUCGACUACUUCGCGUGCUCCAAGCUCGAGGUCGAGGUCGCCGCGGCGGUCAUUACGGGUAUUGCGGAGGGAUGCCUCGAGGCUGGCUGCGCGCUCAUCGGGGGCGAAACGGCCGAGAUGCCCGGCAUGUACAUUGGGGACGACUAUGACCUGGCGGGUUUCGCCGUCGGCGCGGUGGAACGACAUCUCAUCCUUCCUCGGCCGGACAUGAUGGCGGGUGAUAUCCUCAUCGGGCUGCCUUCGUCCGGACCGCACUCGAACGGUUUCUCACUCAUCCGCAAAGUCGUCUCGUUGUCGGGGUUGGACCUGUCCUCUCCGUGCCCCUGGGCGCCUGACCAGAACCUCGGCGACAACCUCCUCAUCCCCACCCGGCUAUACAUCAAGCAACUCCUCCCUGGGAUCCGUGCCGGUCUUUUCAAGGGGAUGUCGCAUAUCACCGGCGGAGGAUUUACCGAGAAUAUCCCGAGGAUAUUCACGGCCCAGUCGGGGCUGGGCGUGACGCUCGAUUUGGGUACAUGGGAUCUGCCGCCGAUCUGGCGGUGGAUGAUGAAGACGGGCAAUAUCUCGGCGAAGGAGAUGGCGAGGACGUUUAAUUGUGGGGUGGGCAUGGUGAUUGUGGUGGGUGAGGGGCAAAAGGAGGAGGCGUUGAAGAGUCUGAGGGAGAAUGGGGAGAGGGGCGCGUUUGUGAUGGGGCAAGUGACGGGUAAGGCGGGGGUGGAGUAUGAGGGCAUGGAUAGCUGGGAGAUCUAG